AGAAGAAUGAUACCCCGCCUAAUAGUUUUUUUUUUUGAUUGCAAUAAAUAUUUUUUUUUUUGUUUAAUCGUACCUACAUUAUCAUCAAACAUGACUGCAACCAAAGAUUGUAUUGCUGAAGCCGGUAAAACUGCCGGUAUUGCUGGUGGUAUGGGUCUUUUUGUCUCUGCCAUGCAAAACACCGCACAAAAGCACACUAUCGGUGCAAAGGGUGUUAUUACUAGAACAGGUGGCACCAUUGCUUUCUUUGCUGCCAUGGGUGGUAUUUUCACUUUGGGUGAAUGUGCAGCAAAGGAUAUGCGUGGAGAGGAUGAUGCUAUUAACGCUGGUAUUGGUGGUUGUGCCGCUGGUAUGUUGGCUGGUAUUAAGAGUCAUUCUUUUGCAAAGAUGUCCAUUGGUUGUGCAGCAGUUGGUGCUACUAUGUACGCAUAUGAAGCCACAGGUCAAUUGAAGGGAGGAUUUGCUGACAAGACAAGAGAAGAGAAGAAGCAACACGAAAAGGAAUUUUUCAGACAAAAGACCGAAUAAAUUACAAUUUUUUUCUUAUAUUAUAUUUAUUUAUUCAA